UAAACUUUAUUUAAAAUAUUACAUGGAAUAUAAAUACUAUAGUUAUAUAAAGAAUACCAACAGAAACUAGUCACCAAAUCAAAGAGAUGUCUGUGGAAUAAACAUGGCACAUGAAAAUUAAAGGUUAAGUUAAACAAAAUGACAAUAACAAUGGGCGAAUUUUACGUGCCCGGCGAAAUAAUCACCGACAUAAAAUCAGCAAAAGGGAUCACAAUAAUUGGACCAGGUUUGCGUAGAAACGGUGAACGGCCGAACACUUUGUGUGUUACACAGUCUGGGAAUUUGUGCUUUAAGACACCAAACGUAUACUGGAUUGAGGGCCACAGGCACAGAUAUAUACCAAAAAAAGGAGACUUGGUUGUAGGAAUAGUAACGAAAAAAUCAGGCGAUGCGCUCAAAGUAGACAUUGGAAGUGCUGAGUUCGCUUCAUUGUCCAUAUUGGCUUUCGAAGGAGCCACCAAGAAGCAAAAGCCAGAUGUACAAGUUGGAGAUGUGGUGUAUGCUAAAUUGUUAAACGCACACAGAGAAAUGGAGCCUGAAUUGAUAUGUAUUGAUUCAUAUUCUAAGGCCGGAAGGCUAGGAGUACUUUCAGCAGAUGGGUUCUUAUUAAAUAUUAGUCCACAUGAGGCUGUUCAAUUGUUGAACAUAGACAACCCCAUUUUGAGGACAUUGGGAAGAAAGUUAGUGUAUGAAAUUGCUGUUGGUGUCAAUGGAAAGGUGUGGAUCAAUGCCAGAAAAAUAAAGGAUGUAUUUAAUAUAAUUAAGGGAAUAGAAUUAGCUAGGAAUCAAAGUAUCAAGCAGAUUGAACGUUCAUGUAAUAAAAUCAAAUAAAUGAUAUUAUUUAAAAUACA